UUGCUCUCGGCGUUUCCUUCCUUCCCCUCCUCCACGCCCCAAACCGAGCCGAGCCGUCCACAGUUACUUCCCGCCACCGCCACCGCCACCUCCUCGCUCCGCCCUUCAUCCUCCUCUUCCUCCUGGCCGGCAAGCAACCAGCUCCCCCAUCCCCGAGGUUUGCACCACGCACAAGUCACCCGCGGCCAGCACGGCCUCCCUUGCACACCACCAACCAAACCAAACCAAACUGGCGAACGAUCGCCGCAGAAUCGCUUUCUUCUCCCCGCAAAGCCAUCCUUUAACUCCCGCCCGUGUCACGACCUCUCGCAUGACCUUCCUUUAAAACCAUGCAACCCUCCCGGCCGCUCCAUGCAUUCCGACGACGCGAUCCGUCUGUCGACUUCCCAAGACUUCGCCAGCACUCCACCUAGCGGGACGAUCAAACCACCGGCCGUGUACGCGACGAUGAUGCCCGUGUACGGCGGCGGCGGCCAGGUGCGGCAGCGGACGUGCCGCAUGUACUGGUGCUACCAGUGCGCGCGGGCACUCCGCAUCAUCUCCUACCCGGCCACCGACGUCUUCUGCCCGCGCUGCUACGGCCGCUUCCUCCACGAGAUCGACCCGCCGCCGCGCCCGGCACUCCCGCCUCCGGGCUACUUCCCGCACCACUUCGCGCCGCACCCGCACGCGCACCCGCACUACCACGACGGGAACCCGCGCCGGUGGGUCGUGUACGGCGCCGCGCCCUCUGUGCCCGGACGCCCGUUCCGGCAGCUGCCUCCGCCGGUGCGGGAGCCGACGCGGGUCCACGCGCCGGCUCCGGCGCCCCCACCUCGCCGGCGGGUGCCCUCCCCGCCUCCGGCUCCGGUGGCGCGGCGGCCGUCCACGCCGCCGGCCAUCGACCCGGGGGACUACUUCACGGGGGGCGACCUCAACCGGCUCGUGGAGGAGCUGACCCAGAACGACCGCCCUGGCCCCGCCCCGGCGCCCACGUCGGCCAUCGACUCGCUCCCGACGGUGCGGAUCGCCACGCAGCACCUGUCGGACGACGGCGGGUCGCAGUGCCCCGUGUGCAAGGAGGAGUUCGAGCUCGGGGAGGCGGCGCGGCAGCUGCCGUGCAAGCACGUGUACCACUCGGACUGCAUCGUGCCAUGGCUCCGCCUCCACAACUCGUGCCCCGUCUGCCGCUUCAAGCUGCCCGGCACCGCCGCCGCCUCCAGCACACGCCGCGCCAGCGGCAGCAACGGUGCAAGAAACAGAGACAGGGAGAGGGAGCCGGCGACGACGGUGAGGUGGGGGCCCUUGUCGUGGAUGGCGCCGGCGCGCGGGACGGAGGACCCGGACGACGGGUGGGAGUACGGCCGGCGCGCGCACGGGCACGGCAGGCCCGAGGAUGGCGACGCCGGCGCUUUCUACGCGUGGUGGCGCUCUCUGUUUCUUCUCUAGCCGUCUCCAGCUGGGAUGCCAGUCACUACGCCAAAGACAACCUGAACGUGUUUGCUCAGUUAAGUCAUCUGAUCAAUGCCGUGCUUGCAAAUCAUCAGAAAACUGCCCCUGCAAACACACGCUUACUGACUCAACAUUUCGCUGGUUGUCGUUAAUGGCAGGUAAAGCAGGACGGGCCCUGUAAAUAUUCAGCGAGUUCAACGUCAAUGGUGGAUGUACUGGAGAAGCAGAGCACACUGGAAAUUAAAUAGGAGAAUGUAAUCGUGCAAACAACGGCCAAAAUGUAAUCUCCCACUCAAAAAGUAAACGAUACAGAGUAUGAUUUUCAUUUUUUA